ACUCCUUCCUUUUGAUGAUCAAUUCUCUAGCAAAGCUGAUGGAAAUGGAGAGAGGGGACUCUAAGUCUAGAGAAGACCCUGAUUCAGUCCCAUAUUCAAAGAAGCAAAAGGGUAUUGACAUUGAAGGAUAUCCUAUCGAGGGCCUAUCUAUUGGAGGGCAAGAGACAUGCAUAAUUUUCCCUUCGCUCAAGAUUGCCUUUGACAUUGGCAGGUGCCCCCAGCGUGCCAUCUCGCAGGAGUUCCUCUUCAUCUCGCAUGGUCACAUGGAUCACAUAGGAGGACUUCCAAUGUAUGUUGCCACUCGAGGCUUGUACAGUAUGAGACCACCUACAAUUAUUGUUCCAAGAGCUAUAAAGGAAAAUGUAGAAAAUCUAUUUGAGGUGCACAGAGCAAUGGACCAAUCUGAAUUGAAGCACAAUCUAAUUGGAUUGAAUGUGGGGGAAGAAUUUCAGUUGAGGAAAGACCUCAAAGUAAGAGCAUUCAAGACUUACCAUGUCAUACCAAGCCAGGGUUAUGUUGUUUACUCUGUGAGGCAUAAACUUAAGCAGGAGUAUAUUGGCCUUUCUGGGAAUGAGAUCAAGAGCUUGAAGUUAUCAGGUGUGGAGAUUACAUAUACUGUCACGUUUCCUGAGAUUGCUUUUACGGGAGACACCAUGUCUGAUUUCAUAGCUGACCCCGACAAUGUUGAUGCUUUGAGGGCAAGGAUACUUGUAAUGGAGAGCACCUUUGUUGACAAUGCAAUGACUGUGGAAAAUGCAAGAGAUUAUGGACACACUCAUUUGUCUGAGAUAGUUAAUUAUGCUGAUAAGUUCGAGAACAAAGCAAUUCUUCUAAUACACUUCUCAGCUCGCUACCAUGCCGAUGAGAUCCAAUCAGCUGUUUCUUCCUUGCCUCCACCUUUGGGUGGUCGGGUUUUUGCACUCACAGAAGGUUUUUGAUGAGAGAUUCAGAGGCUAUGGUAUGUCUGGGCAUUACUUUCCUGGUGAAGAGCUUAUGAUCUACUCAUUUUCUCCCCCCAAACCUCAUGUAGUAAUUUGGGAUUUUGCUGAUGUUGGUAAUUCUUUGGUAUAGCCC